UCAGCUUAAGUAUAAGUUCUGCGUUCAUGACUAAUUCCACCUUUAGUAUUUCAGUUUGGGAUUAGAUUAAAACUGUUAAAAUAGAUGAGCACAAAAUCAGCAGAGACCAUCUCAGAAAAGCUGGAAACACCAUGGAAAAUUUGAAGAGACUGAUAAAAUCGUAUGAGGAAUGGGUGGCCGCAAAUCCCGAAACUGUAUGCGACGUAGAAACCACAACAAAAUGGGUAUCCUAUUUUAUCGCUGGACGCAUUUCUGAUUCAAAUGUUGUCUCCGAGCUCGUAUACACUCUAUCCAAUAUGUUGGUGCUCUACAAUGACCGCAUAAUCGACAAGUCGAGGAACAACAAUCUAUUGGCUGAUUUGGCACGAGUGAACUUCGACGCUAGUACUAGUGUUGUAGCACGUAGCAACAACAAAAAGGAAAAAUAUGUUUAUCGACUAAAGGUCAUGUUGACUACAUUGGAGUACUGUGAGGUUUUGAUUGAGAUUUCGGCCAAACGUAUUUUCGGCAAUAGCGGUAAAUGGAUAUUCGUAGCGGUGGUACAAUUUGCCAAAGCAGCUGGUCGCUUUUUCAUACUUAAGCACUGUACUGAAAAAAUAAUCACUACACCAGCACUUCCUGCGCUUAAUCGUCGCGCACUUAUCAAAAAACAAAAAUCCGCCCUGAAAAAAGGUGUAAUAGUAGAAGAAAGAAAUAAUUUCAUUCAAAAUGGAUUUGGCGAUAGCAACUUUACAUUCCAAUUGAAACGCUCUGGUCGUGUAGUGCGCAGAGUAGAAGGUGCACCGCCGCUACAAUAUCGUGACUUUAAGUUGCCCGAAGAUCAACAAGAAAUGGUUGCUUGCAAGCCAAUAAACUGCUCCUUGGUACAAGCCGAGUACCUGUAUAUAGCUAAGCCACUUAUACACUUAGCGGCAAUGGGAGUAUUUGGUCAAAAGCGCUGGCAACAGUAUGUGAUAUCGUUGACAUUGGAUUUGAUCAGCAUACGUAUGUACCAUAAAUAUCGUCAACAUAUGCACAAGGAACAGAAAUUAGAGCUAUCACGUCGAUGCCUCAAUCUGUUAUUAUAUUUAAUGCGCUCACCAUUUUUCGAACGUGUGACAAGCUCGCGGUUAGAUCGUGUGCUAGGGUUUGUCGCAGAUAAUGUGCCACUGCUGAAGAUGGUGGCCGGACCGGUACGAGAAUAUGUACCCUACUGGCAGAGUACAUACUUCUACUUGUGGUCGACAUAAAGAUUUUAGUCGCAAGUGACGAUCGUAAACGAUUACAUUUUAGAAUUACAUAUAUGCUUACAAGUUCAAGAAUAUGUAUUGUGAAAUGUAUUUAAUUUACUUUUUGUGAGGUAUAUUUAUAUAGUUAUAUAGGGAAUAAGGUCAAUUGCCCGUCAAGCGUAGUAAACAAAUAAAAAUAUACUUUUAUAAAACUAUUAAAUUAA